AUGGACACGAAAGAUAGAAAUAUAGUGAAAGUUUCAAUAGAAGAUAAAUUGACAGAAAUAGUGAGUGGAUUUGGAAGGUAUCAGAUAUGGCAGAGCAUGCUAGCGAUCCUGCCGGUCAUUUGUACAGCUAUGAGCAACACGAAUUUUGUAUUUGCAGCCGCUUCUGAUAAUUACAGAUGUGCAGUGCCUGAAUGUGGUUCAUCUAACGUAUCCAUCAUAAGCACCUUAUCAAAUUUGACAAACGACCGUUGCUACCGGCCACUUUUCCACCACAAUAGUUGUUCUCCAGAGGAUUUUGACAAAGAGAUUUCGUGUAAUAAAUGGAUCUAUGAAGACGAUAAUUCCUUCGUUGCUGAGUUUGGUCUGGCGUGUCAAGAAUGGAAGAGGACAUUAGUUGGAACAAUUCACAACUUAGGAGUUUUGGUGUCAAUGCCUCUUAUGGGUUUUGUAUCCGACCGUUGGGGUCGUCGAACCGCCAUUAUGAUUAGUUCAUUAAGUCUUUGUGUUGGUGCUUUUAAGACUCUCGUGACAACCGGCCCCAUUGGAUACAUUCAAUACGUGAUCAUUGAAUUCAUUGAAGCCCUUCUUGUUACUGGAACUUAUACCACUUGUUUCGUGCUAAUUGUUGAACUUAUUGGAUCUGACAAACGUAUAAUCGGUGCCGCUGCCGUCGGCUCUUCUGUGGCUAUAGGAGAGUUAAUCUUGGAUUUCAUUGUAUGGAAUGUUCCCUAUUGGAGAAAGUUUUUCCUCAUUAUCUACUGUCCAGCCCCCAUAUUCAUCAUCUACGUCUAUAUAUUAGAAGAAAGUAUGCGCUGGUUGCUCACAACAGGCAGGAAAGAUAAAGCUCUAAUAGUUCUCCAGAAAAUUGCGAUUUGGAAUAAAUUCGCUCUAACGUGUAAUGUUAUAGACGAAGUUAAUAAAGAAACAUUGGAAAUAACACAAGGAACUGCAAACACUACAGAAAAGUUUACUAUUAAACUCUUAUUUUCGUCACCUAUUCUUCUUAAAAGGGUAAUUGUUUGCUCUUGGUGGUGGUUCACAGCAGCUUUUGUGUAUUACGGUCUGAUGAUAAAUUCCGUAUCCCUGCCUGGUAAUAAGUAUGCUAACUUCGCUUUAACAUCAUUGGUGACCAUUCCUGGAGAUAUUAUUGCUGUGAUCACGUUGGAUAGAAUCGGAAGACGAAAGACAUUGCUGGGUGGUUUUCUGUUCUGUGGAGUUUGUUGUGUUGGCAUCGGGUUUAUACCAACGGAUCACAAAAUUGCUUCAAUAGCAAUAUUUUUGAUCGGUAAACUGUCGAUAUCAGCGUGUUUUAACUCGGUGUACGUGUACACAUCAGAGUUAGUACCGACAUCAGCUCGAGGGUCUUUAGUUGGUACAUGCUCGAUGGUAGCUCGAGUGGGCACGGUAUUGGCGCCCCUUACUCCUUUGUUGAGUGACUUUUGGAGGUCAUUCCCCACUCUUAUAUUUGGGCUGACCUCUUUGACCGCUGCUAUGUUGACACUAGCCACCCCAGAGACACUUCGAAGACGAUUACCAGACACUAUCGCUGAAGCAGCCGCUAUGUCUUAG